AUGUGUUCGAUAAGAAAAAUUUGUAGUACUAUUUUAACUAUUAUUUUGGCUUUGAUUAUUCUUGAUAUUGCUAUUAAUGUAAUUUUCUUAUUAUGUCCAGAAAAUUAUUGUGAACAAUAUACAGAUGAAUUUUUUUAUGCAUUUUCUUAUUACUGGACAUAUGAUGUAUAUCAUUAUGCUACAAAAAAUAGAGAUAUGCAUAACAUCUUUAAGAUAAAAGCUAGAAAAAAUAAAGAAGCAAAUAAUGUAACAAAAACUUAUAAUUUUAAUAAUAAUGAUGUUGAUGGAUAUUUUGUCUAUUAUAUGAAUACUUCACAAGAAUUUACAGAAACUAAUAUUUACUUUGAUGAUCCAAAUGUUGCUUAUGAUCAAGCUUUGUGCACAUAUUGUACUUUACAUAAAUUUAUUGUUAAUAAAAAUUAUCAUUUGGUAAAUUUAAUUAAUGUACCAUUUAAAUUUAAAAAAUUUGUUGCAAGUGCUAACUCAAUUGAUGAUAUAUGUGUAGAAUCAUAUGUUGGACUUACUAGAGAACAUUGUCCAAAAAAAACAUUUAUGGAAUUAAAGGUUAAUACAAGUGAUGUAGUUGGACGUAAUAAUGUUAAACCAUUUUGGAAACCAAAAUAUGUUAAUAUUGAUUGUAAUAAAAUUAUAAAAGGUGAUGUUGAGCAUGUUAAUAAAUAUAAAGAAGAAGUUAUAAAAUAUCAGGAAGAAAAUUUAGAUAUGAGUUGUAAAGCUAUUAAAAAACGUAAUUUCAAUAUACAAGAUUUUCCUAGAAAUUCAUUAGAAAAAAAAUAUUCUGUAGCAUAUGCUUACAAUGUUUAUAAAGAAUAUCCUAUUCUUGAACGUAGACUUGCAUCACACUAUUCACCCAAAAAUCAUUAUUGUUAUUUAGUUGACAGUAAAUCACCAGAAAUUUAUAAACUUCUAAAAAAAUUAGAAAAAUGUAUUCCUAAUGUCUAUGUAGCAGAAAAACAAUAUAAUAUGACUAGUGGUGGAGCUUAUGCUAAUAUUGCUCAAGUUGAAUGUAUGAAAAUAUUGCUUAAAAAAAAAUGGGAUUAUUUAUAUUUACAACAAAAUGAUGAUUUCCCAUUAAAAACAACAAGACAAUUAUUAGAAGUAUUAGAAGCAAUGAAUUUCCCUGUUGAAAUGGGAUAUGUUGAUCCUUCAUCAACUGUUCCAUUCAGAUAUAAUACCUCCGAGUCAUGGUUAUAUAAAGAUCUUAAUUUCUUCUUAGAAGAUGAUAAAAGAAGACAAGACCCAAAUAUUAUGCUUGAAAAAAUUGUCUUCCAAAAAGGUUCUGUUUGUAUUGGAGUACCAAGACCAACUGUUCAAUAUAUGAUUAAUAAAAUAAAUCUAACAACAUUUUUAAAUAAAUUUAAUGUUGGUAUAUAUGGUAAUGAUGAAUUAACAUGGCAAACACUAUUUUCUGAUGAUAAACUUCAAAUUCCAGGAUAUACACCACGAAAAUGUAUUCAUGUUUAUCAUCCACGUGAAACAUUUUUAAAUAGAAAAGUUAUCUGGUCUCCAGAAACUUGCCCAACAAAUAAGUAUCAUCAUUCUAUUUGUACAUGGGGAGUAGAAUCAUUACAACAUAUGAAAAAUUAUACAGAAUUAUUCGGAUAUAGAUUUAGAAGUGAAGUAGAUUAUGGUUCUGAAGUAUGUUGGAUGGAAUUUCUUUAUAAUAGAACACAUUUCUAUAGACAUAAGAGAUUAGAUUUAUGGAAGUAUUAUAAUUUACCUCAAAGUGUUUUACAAAGAUUAAAAAUCAAAAAUGAUAUUGAAAGAAUUAGAGAAUGCAAAAUCUAA